AUGUACUCUCCAACUGUGGGCUCUAUUCGUGCUGCGUCACCGUCUCCGGCACCCACUCUGCAGAUGACUCCCGGUAUGAAUGAGGAGAACAUCUCGAAAGAUGCUCCUGCCUCUGCAGUAGACAACGUCCCCGAGCCAGUGCCAGAUGCAGAUGUAGGGGAUUCCUCGAAGAAUGCUCCUGAAUCUGCCGAAGACAAAGGUAACACACCCGCAUCAGAGCAUUAUACAAACUACCGUCCCGCGAACGCGUCUACAGAGCCAACACCCGAACACCCUGUGUCCGAAGACACGCCUCCUCCGCAUACCAAGUUAUCGUCCGCCCCGAGUCAGCCUCCUACUCCAGCCGCAGCCAAUGCUACAGCGGAUCCUUCAAAUCCUACACCAGGCGAUGCUUCACCCCCUUAUCCGACUACGCCUCCCAACGUUGAUGCCUCUGGAAAGAAGAAUGAUGUCAAAGCGGAUGGUUCGCGGGUUCAGAUGCCACCUACACCGGAGGAGCUAGUUGAAAAGGUUGUGGAGGAGAUGAGAAGGAAAGGUCUGGUAGGAUGA